UCUGUCAACAUGGCGGGUACUCUGAGCCUCUUGCUCGGCGCGCGCGUCUUUGCUGUCGUCGCUCGCUGCGGGUUCGCGACCCGCGGGGUGGCAGGCCCCGGACCCACCGGCCGCGAGCCGGACCCUGACUCCGACUGGGAACCGGAGGAGCGGGAGCUGCAGGAGGUGGAGAGCGCCCUGAAACGACAGAAAAAAGCUAUUCGGUUCCAGAAAAUUCGGAGGCAGAUGGAGCCGCCAGGUGCCCCGCCCAGGACUCUGACUUGGGAAGCCAUGGAGCAGAUCCGGUAUUUACAUAAAGAAUUUUCAGAGUCCUGGUCAGUUCCCAGAUUGGCUGAAGGCUUUGAUGUUAGCACUGAUGUGAUCAGAAGGGUUUUAAAAAGCAAGUUUGUACCCACACUGGAGCAGAGACUGAAGCAGGAUCAAAAAGUCCUUAAGAAAGCUGGGCUUGCCCACUCGCUCCGCCAGCUUCCAGGCUCUGGGGAUACCUGGAAGCUGCUUUCUGCAGGCCACUCUGUGUCAGGAGGUGAAGCCUCAUCCCAAGGCCAGGGUCACAGCACAGCUUUGAAAGUGAUUGAACCGAAUACUCACAGUACAUACACACUGGGGAGACAGAAAGGAAGGAAUAAAGGAAUCCAGAGCCUGGAGAAGGAGAGCUUUGGGCCUGUCGCUGUAGCUGGAAGUCAUCAGAGAGAGCUGCAGAAGUACUCCACCAGUGAGGGCACCAGAGGAACUAACAGUGAAGGACUGCCAAGUGCAAAGAAGCUGGAAGAGAAAGCAGAAUUGGAUGACCAGAACUUCAGCAGCAAAGUAGUGCAGAGGGGGCGUGAGUUCUUUGAUGACAAUGGGAACUUCCUGUACAGAAUUUGAACUGGAACCUGGCUUGUGGAGAUGCCACAUGAAACACCUGGGCAAGUCAAGUGGAUUUGAGUUGCCUGGAUUUCUGUGUAUGGAUUAUCCACCUUGGAAUAAGAGGAAGUGAUGAGCCUGGAAAUGGAGGAAAGAGCUGCUUGGAUUUCAGUCGGACAAGAGACAGUGAACUUCACAGGGCGGAUGUAUAUGGGGGCAGCAUGAAUGACUGACUAGGUAUAGUCUGGUUUCCUGGAGCAUGGCUCCUGGUCUAACCCAUGUGGAUAUUCAGUACUCACCCUUCUUGCUUAGGCCAGUGUCACAUGUGUUAGGAGUUUCUGUUGUACUUGCAAUAUGUGUUUGGGAGAAAUUGAAAAGUUUGCCUUCUGACUUCAUUUAUUUCUUGAUUAAUGAACACUAACAGUUCUGGAACUGCUUAGUCAAUUGGUUGUUUUCAUUAUGUGCAAAAUAAAGUAAAAUGCAGCAGUCCGUUGAUGCUCUGUGGGGUGGGAAGGGUUACCUGUGAACUUGGAGAGUGAGGGAAGGGAAGAAGCAAUGGGUCCACUGUUAUUAAACACUGAGAGGGAGAUGGGGCCAGAGGAAUCCCCAGCAGAGAGCUCUGCAGGUCACCCAGCUCAGUGUUGGACUUUGACAGGUAAAAACAUAUUUCUUUUAGUUGCUAGAGUUCUGAAAGAGAUUUGUGUGUGGGGUUUGAUUUUUUUGUUUAAUGCAAAGUAAGCAAAGGCCCCCAACAUAAUCUCCAGCCCCUUUCAAAAGCUUAGUGUCUUUUCAGCUUUCACCAGGUCUUUGCAAGGGUCUUAUGAUGUAGGCAAGAACAGAUAAUAGGACGCUUUUACAAAUGGGACUGUCUCAAGGGAUUUUGGAUAUGCCCAAGGCCACAUAACUGCUAGGAAGUGGCAACACGAGCAUUUGAAUCCAGGUCUAACCCUUAAUUCAAAGCUGCUAAAAUUAUAGAUACUUUAUUAUAAAAAGAAAGUGAUUGUCAGUAGAGAGAGAAUGAAACAUGCAAGCAGGAGUCUGAAGGCAGUUUUCAACCAUGUCUCAUUUUAACAAUUUACCUGCAAAAUUGGAUAUUCAGAAUUUAAAUAUAUGCAGGAUAUUUAAUGAAAACAUUCUAAAUCUGUCAUUGAUGGUCUGCUUGUGAAAUCUUGCUAUUUCAAAUGUCAUUAACAGCAAUUACAAUAUCGUUGGUUACUGUUAACUUGAGCAUAUAUGUUCAGUGUACAUGCUAAAGGCCCUAUCACACGCCAGUCAGAGGAAAUCCAGAUGCUGGUAGUGCAUUGUUGGGCAGAUAAGACCCUUGAAGAAUAUAGUCAUUUGCCAUUAGAACCUUUUAGUCCUUUAAGAGGUGCAAGGUGCUUUUUGACCAUUUAAAUUUGCAUUUCUAAUUCCUGCAAAUUGUUUGACCAUGGUCUUUCACCAGUGGGCUAUGGAAAAUUAGAAGCUAUUGUUGGAAACUUGGAUAGGUAUUCCACUGACCUCAUCCUCUAUUGUUCACUACACUUAAAUCUUUCCAUUCUUGCAAAUGGCAAUCUAAGGUCUUAGAUCAAGUGUUAUUUCUUAGGCUUUCCCUAAUCACCAGAUCUAAAGCAGCUCCCUUCAUGUUCUCAUCGUCACCACGCCCUGUUUAAUUUGCCUCAAUAUUUGAAAUGUAUUACCACUGUAUUUGUCAUUACUUACCUUGCCCACGUUAGAAUAUAGACCCCAUGAGGUCAGGAGACAUGUCUUUGUUGCUGCAGUUCCAGCUUUCAACAUAGACUUUAAUAUGAGUGAGUGAAGAAAUGGUUGGAGAACCUUAUACCAAACAGCCAGUCCACAAUAGCAGAAGUCCCUGCCUUUUACCCUUGCCAGACUAACCAUCCAGACCUCAGUCAACAGGGCUUAAACUUCCUGCAGGUUGACUUGUUUCUCCUCCAUCCUGUCAAUGUGCCUCCAAUCCUAACCCACAGGGGCAAAGAUGCGGUGUCUGAUGAAGAGAGCAACAGAAGACAAGGAUCUCCAACUGGAGAAAAAAUGACUGUGAAAGGAGAAACAUCUGUAACAAAAAUAAAUUAAUAAAAAUUGAAAAAAGUAAGUGACUGUGAGUGGAAUGGACACCUUGGAGUAACCUUGGGGCCAAGCUCAAGGGGCUGGCAAAUUGGACAACAGAAGGGACUUGGAACUUCAAAGUCCCUGUGCUCUGGAGGGCAUAUAUAUCAUCUUCAGGGCAGCCUCCACCUCUGCAGCUGAGA